GUUGGGACAAGAAGGUAGAGAGAAUUCGUGUUUGCGAGACUGACAGGGACAGUUCGAGGAGGAGGACACCAUCUGAAGAGAUUUUCUGACGCUGAAAAAAAAAACCGAAAACAAAGAAAGUGUUUUUGGAAAACACUUCUUGAUUCUGUUUGCCGAUUAUUUCAGUUUAGUGCAGGAAAUUUAGGAUAUUUUUUGUAGCAAGAUGAAUUGGAAAAUGGGUUGGUGUAGGCUUUCCAAAGUUUGUAAAUCCACUAGAGACAAUUCCAAAUUUGGUUCAUCGUUUUGCUAUUAUACUACAAAAGAUCAUCACGGUGUAAUCUUUAAUGCUGGAAGGAUUCGAUGCCUUAGUGGGUUGCAAUCUCAAAGGGGAUUUUUCCCAGUAAGGUCGAUGAAUUUCGCCCCUGAUGGCUCCCGUGGAGGUGUAGUAGCUUUUCAAGAAAGAUUGAGCUGGGCAAAAAGUUUAGGUUGGGGAUUUAAGCUAGCUGGUUGUGUUGAAGGAAACUGCUUCGGGUCAAAACAGGAGAUAAUGAUUCAAUCCCGUCGAUUUGGACAGGAUGUUGAGAAUGAUCCUGGCAUAGGCAGAAAUUACCUUGCAAAGCUCUGGGUUGCAGAUAGGAAGAUGAAGAAUUCUACAAGGAAAAGAGGAAGGAAAUUGGCUAAACGUGGGCAUUAUUAUGAUAAUCAAUCAUCAUACCUCAAUUCGCUGGACCGAUUGUUUUCUGGUGCAUCUGUUGCUGAAGAAAAUUCAAAUUCUUCUCCAACGAGUAAAAGGGUUCUGAAGCAGCCCCCUCUAAGUCAAUCUAUUACAGGUUUUCUAGAGCCUGAAUCUCCAGAAGAGGCCCAUGUAGCACCUCUUCUUGCUAGAUCAAAUUUGCUAAUUACUCGAGAUAUUGAGUGGGCAAAUCUUGUUCUCGGUUUUGAGCAGGAGAACCGGUAUGCAAUUGUAGAUGUGUGCUACCCUGAGUCACCUGUAGGUUUUAUUCGUGAGCAGAGCAAUUUCAUAGCUAGACAGUUGCUUCGUCUAAGGCGCCCUUUUGUUGCUUUCAUAACUGAUGGCAUGGGUAAUGAGCUUUUCAGGGUUCGCAGACCUUUCUGGUGGAUAACCAGUUCAAUUUAUGCAGAGAUCAAUGGUAAGGAAGUUGGUGUGGUUCACAGACGAUGGCAUCUUUGGAGGAGGAUUUAUGAUUUGUACCUAGGGAAUAAGCAGUUUGCAGUGGUCGAAAAUCCUGGUUUUUGGAAUUGGACUUUUACUUUGAAGGACAUUGAUGGGAACGUGCUGGCUGAGAUAGAUCGUGACUGGAGAGGUUUUGGCUUUGAGAUAUUUACUGAUGCUGGUCAAUAUGUGAUUCGAUUUGGGAGUUCAGAUUCAAGCUCCAAAACUGGCGCUGCUAGACAGAUUGAAGAGUUGGAGGUUGCUCGUCCAUUGACUCUAUCAGAGAGAGCUGUUUGUGUUGCUCUUGCUAUAUCACUGGACAAUGACUAUUUCUCAAGGCAUGGUGGCUGGGGACUCCCUAUUAUUGCCGUGGGAGAGUAAAUCCGGUCUGAUGUAGCGUUGAGGAUGAAAAUCACAUCUCAAAACAUACGACAGUCUAAGCCUGACCUUCUUGAAGGUGUUUCAGCAGAUAUCCUGUCAUUUCUUUUACUUUAACACAUUACUCCCUGUUCAAAUUCGAAGCCGGUGACAUACAAUAUUGAGAAAGUCAUGAAGAGAAGACCUUUUUCCUUGCUCCAUUUCUAUGGACACCAUUGGUUUUGAGUGUCCAGGAAGUGCAAACAAGAUAUUGGUUCUUGUGCUUGGAGCAGAAUUUGUAUUAUAUUGGAGGAAUACCACUAUAUGAGUUUUACUGGUUAUGACACACUGGUUGUCAUGUAGAUACGAUCUUUUUGUGAUUAGUCUUCGUCCUUAACAAUGAAAACGUUAUUAUAUCUUCCACAAA